AUGACUCGCAAGGGCAAGCAACGGCUCCAGCAUGCUGCUGAUGUGGCACCAGCUCCCCCUCCUAGUGCUUCCCAGAGUGCUGAUCUGCUUCCCAAUGAGGACUUUCUUGCGACACUGCUUGCCUUGCGGACCAAGCCUGAGAAGAGUAGGGAUUCUCCUCCAGACUCCUCGCCCUCUCUGCUGCCUGGUGGUGAUGUGGUUCUUCCUCCUCGCCUUUCGAGAAAGAAAUCCAGAGCGUCAAGGGAGCCCAGCACCCCAACCUCGGGGGAAGAGUCCCGUGAGCGAGGGCGUCCCCUGCCAGCUGCCUCCUCCAGUCGCCUGCUACCCCCGAAACGUCGCAUCCGGCACCUCCCCAGCCAUGUCUCCUUAAUCCCCAGCACUUCCACGUCAGGGGAAGAGUCCAGUAGGCGCCGCGCUGACACCAGCCGUCCCCCUCCAGUUGAGGAGAUGCAGUUAGAUGAGUCUCCCACCGAGAAGUCUCAAGGGAAGCGUCCUAGGAGGACUUCCCCUGACCCGGAUCAGCAACUGGCAGAUCCAGAUGAGGUGGAGGGGUGGACCAUAGAAGAGCAGUUUGAGCGGAUUGAAGAAGAGUUUAGCAAGGAGAUGCCAAGCAGUCCAGAGGGGCCUAACACUCUGACUGAACUGGAUGUGCCACUUCCUUGGAUGUCCAAGAGAAAGCACCGCCAUAUCACAAGCAUCAAAAAGGCUUGGCCAGGGUCCAUGAGGAAUGGCCUGAAGAAGCGUGCCAGAGCAUUGCCUUCUGAUGCGGAACUCUCUACAUCAAGCUCAGAGGCAGAGUCUGACAAGGCUAAUAUGGUCCCUGUAUCCCUUAGUCCAGAAUGCAGUGGGGGUAGGAGACAAGAGGUGGAAGAUCCAAACCUCACAGUGCCAGUGAUUCCAGUCACACCUGAUCUCAAACCUGAUGAUGCAAUGGAGCAUUGCUUGGCUUCCUCCCCAGGCAGCUCACCUGCUUCUGACAAUGAAGUGCCUCCCUCCCCUUCUCCCUCUCUCCUCCCACUUCACCCAGUGUCUCCUCUUCCCCCAUCACCACCACCCCCACAGCUGCCUCCAUCUUCCCAUCCUUCUACUUCUCCUCCACCUACCAAAGGGAAAGGGUCUGCUGAGCCACAGGUGGUACCCACACCAGCACAAAUGCUGCAGCUGGGAAAAUCCAGCAAGAAGAAGAGGAGUCAGAAGAGGGGUGACAGCUCCUCACGUCCCUCCUCAUCAAGUUCAUUAUCCAUGGGCUUUGCUAGGUCUCAUCAAGAGUGGGCAAGCUCAUUUCUGAUCAUGAAUACAAGACCUUUACCUCAAAUGGUUGAAUGGUUGGCUAAGAGAGAGAACCGAAUUGAUUCAGUGGAGAUGGAAUUUCUUGAUGAACAGCUUCUUGAGCUGGUUUCCAAAGGAAUCACGAAAGUCUUGAAAUUCUUGGCAUCUCAGCGCCACGAGACUGGCACCGUCACCAAAGUGGAAAGCAAAGCUGGAAAGCUGUGCUUGGAGUUGGGCAAAGCAAUAAUUCAGGCACAGGCAGAGAAUGCAAAGGCAGCUGAGCAAUCAUGA